ACACUCUGACAGCGGUCACCAUGGAGAGAACUGUGGUGCGAGUCAGCAUCUUUGGGCUGCUUCUGGCUUUUGGUGGUGCUCAACCCAACAAGGACGACUGGGAGAUCUACAGUUUUCACAUCAACUCCACAGUGACCGGUCGCUACGCCACCACCGUCAUCACCAGCCGUGUGGUCAACCGUAAAGACGAGUCGACGGAGGUGGAGUUCCACGUGCGGAUUCCCAAGAAUGCCUUCAUCAGCAAAUUCAGAAUGUUUAUGGAUGACCAGGUGUACGAUGGCGAGGUGAAGGCUAAAGAAGCGGCUCAGCAGCAGUACACACAGGCUGUGUCCCGUGGCGAAAGUGCUGGUAUUGUCAGCUCCGUGGGGAGGACUCUCGAGGAGUUCAAGACCUCUGUGACAGUGGCUCCGCUGAAAAAGGUGACCUUUGAACUCACUUACGAGGAACUGUUCAGACGUAGGUUGGGCAAGUAUGAGCUGCAGAUCUUCGCUCGCCCCAUGCAGCCCGUCAAAGACUUCAAGGUCGACGUGUACAUUCAUGAGAAAGCUGGCAUCAAUUACAUGGAUAUUAAAGGAGGACUAAGCACCAAUGCUCUGGCUAAUGCUAUCACCAAAACACUUGCAGACAAACAGGCUUGGGUUUAUUUCUACCCCACAGUGGACCAACAGAAAACAUGUGACAGCUGUGGAGAACAGGGUUUAAAUGGAGAUCUGGUCAUAGUCUAUGACGUCAACAGACACAAGUCUCUGGGGGACAUCAAGCGCUCAAAAGGAUAUUUUGUGCAUCAUUUUGCUCCCUCAAGUCUUCUCCGCAUACCAAAGAAUGUGGUCUUUGUCAUCGAUCAAAGCGGUUCCAUGCAUGGCCGCAAAAUGGAACAGACCCGUAUUGCUUUGCUGCAUAUCUUGAGUGACCUGGCGGCGGAGGACUACUUUGGUCUCAUCACUUUCGACAGCAACCUUUUUUACUGGAAACGAGAACUUGUUCAGGCCAAUGCAGACAACGUGGAAAGCGCCAAAACGUUUGCAAGUAACAUUAAAGACAGAGGAUCCACAAAUAUUAACACAGCGUUGCUUGAGGGAUCCCGGAUGUUGAACGAGCAGCCCAGGCAAGGCUCAGCUUCCAUUCUUAUCCUCCUCACCGAUGGAGACCCGACCUCAGGUGUGACCAACCUGGAGCAAAUACAAUCCAACGUGAGGGAGGCCAUCCAGGACAAAUUCCCGCUCUACUGUCUUGGUUUCGGUUUUGACGUCAACUUUGCAUUCCUGGAGAGCAUGUCCUUGCAGAACAAUGGCGUUGCACGGCGGAUUUAUGAGGACUCUGAUGCAGAUUUGCAGUUGAAGGGAUUCUACGACGAGGUGGCCAAUCCCCUGUUGACCAACGUGACGAUGAGCUACUCCAGCAGCGCCAAUCUGACCCAGACUAAAUUCAGCCAGUAUUACAAUGGUUCUGAGAUCGUGGUGGCCGGUCAGAUCACUGACAACGACGUCGAAACCUUCGUUCCACAAGUUGUGGCCAUCUCUAGGAACGCCAGUAUUGUCUUUUCGGACGCCAAUGGAACCACAGAGUCCACGGAUGACAGCAACCUUCAGAGGGUUUGGGCCUACCUGACUGUCAAACAGCUCCUGGACAAAGAGCUGCAAUUGAGCGGAGUUGAGAAGGAGAAAGUGAAGUCGGAGGCGUUGCGGCUGUCGCUCAAGUACGGCUUUGUGACGCCGCUCACAUCCAUGGUGGUCACCAAGCCAUCUGAGGAGACCACUGAAGUGCUGCAUAAGCCCAGCGAGGACACUCCACCGCUGCCAAGACGGACCUCAAUGGGGAUGCACCCAGGAAUCUUGAGUAAAGGUCAGGGUAGAAGGACUUCGGGUGGAAGCCAUCUUGAUCCACAAGCCGGAGUAUACCCAGGUUUGGGAAGUAGGUUUUCCUCAGUUGAUCCACAAGCCGGAGUAUACCCAAGUUUGGGAAGUAGGUUUUCCUCAGGGAAUUAUCCAAAUUUGCAUUUACCAGCACACCCAGGUUUCCAAGCGCUCCCAGGUUUAAAAGUUGUGACAGGGAGUCCAGGUUUACCAGGGCACAAAGGUGAGGCAGGCCCCCCGAUGCUACACGAUUUAGUAACUGAUUAUGACUACCGGUACGAUUCACUUCCCAUUGCCCCAACCACAUUAAGUGUGGCCCCUGGCGUCAGGUUUCUGCUGCAGGCAGAGAAUCAAUCUCUUCCACUGUGUUUUGAUAUCGCUGGAAGAACCAUACUGAGACUGCUUCAUCUGCCCAAUGCAGGUGUGUCUGUGAAUGGUGAGCUGGAUGAAGACCAAGGCUUCAUCAAGAUCAUUGUCCACUUCGAUACUGACAACUUUGUCGCUGUUGAAUUGGGCGCUGUCACUGUUAAAUACGAACAGAAACUGACCCGGUACACAGGAGACACUGCACUUGUUGCUGGAAGUGUGGCCGUGUUUAUUCGGCCCAUGGAGGUUGAUAUCACUGCUGGGCAAACCCGCCUGCUUAUCCUGGUUCAUGGGAAAAAUGGAAAAGAUUUCCUCUGGCCGGCUCUCAGGCAGCAGCCAUCGGACGACGCUGUCGGAAUCUUAGCUCAAAAGGCUGUAGUUUAUGAAGAAGUGCACCAAGGUCCCUACACAAAACUGAAGAUAAAAGACCAGGAAAUAAGUGUUUCAAGAUCCUCUGCUGUCGACUUCGGCAUGAACUUGCCCGCCACACUGGCCUGCUGGCUGAUGUCCCCCGAGUCAGCGCUCCGAGCACCGCUCAGUGAUUUCACACUUAAAGUUCUUUAAAGAAGACCUUGUCUUACAUUUCAUUGUACAUUCAUUAUACGAUGAACAAUAAACGCUGACUAAGAUGA